UUUCUUCUCACUCAUAAUUCUUCAUUAAUAAUGGCUCCAAUUGCAGUGGGAGAUACUAUCCCAGAUGGCAUUCUUUCCUACUUGGACAAUGACAACAAUGUACAAACCAUCUCCAUUCAUUCUCUUGCUGCUAACAAGAAGGUCAUCCUCUUUGCUGUUCCUGGUGCCUUCACUCCAACUUGCAGUUUGAAACAUGUUCCUGAUUUUAUUGAUGGAGCAGAAGAGUUCAAAAGAAAGGGUGUGGAUGAAUUGAUAUGUAUAAGUGUGAAUGAUCCUUAUGUGAUGAGUGCAUGGGCCAAAACAUACCAAGAGAACAAGCAUGUGAAGUUUCUUGCAGAUGGUUCAGCCAAGUACACACAAGCUCUUGGGGUUGAGCUUGAUUUAACUGAUGGAGGACUUGGUGCUCGUUCUAAGAGGUUUGCUCUAUUGAUAGAAAAUCUCAAAGUGAAAGUUGCAAAUAUUGAAAGUGGAGCAGAAUUCACCAUUUCUGGUGCUGAGAAGAUCCUAAAAGCACUAUGAUGAAUGUGUUUGAUUUGGCUAUAAAAUGUUAUUUAUUACUACUACCUAUUAAUGUUGCUUUAA